AUGGGUGAUCAAAUUUCUGUGCCUGAAGACUCGCCUCAAUCUUUCGAAGCCAACACCACUGCCAGCAGCUCUCCAAGCAACACUCAGUCUCCAGACUCAUCGUCGUUCCGAGUUCACUUUGCGGGAAAAGAGCUGGGUGUUAUCAGUUUACUAACAGGCACCCCGUUCCUCUUUCCCGAGGGACGGGAAUGGAUCAAAACUCGCACCGGACAGCAUGUCGCAAUUGACAAACUUAGUCCAGCGCGAGCACCUUGGGAUAAAGAACGCGGACAGACCUUCAACACUGUUAUGAUGAACAUGAACAUGAACACUUGCAAUCCCUAUGAACUUCCCGACUGGAGAACAGUGCAGGUAUACUUCCAGGCAUAUACGAGCUCCAAGGUGAUGCGGCGCAUCUUUCCUGUGAUAGACCCGGAGCUUUUUGAGGAGACCCUCAAAACAGCUUACAGUCAAUCGCAGUCUACCCUCAAAUAUGGCCAAGCUAGUGCCAGAGUUUGUGUCAUUGCAUUUCUUACCUUUGUUUCUCGCCUACCUAAUGUCAAGGACAUUGUCAAGGCGACUUCUCCUACAACCAGUCCAAUCGAUCAUGAUAUACUUGCUACCAAGGCACAAUUCCUUAUGCCUCAAGUAUUACAAGAGUCUGCCAGUCUGGACGCGGCGCAGGCUCUUACCAUGUUGAUUGUCUUCGAGCUAUCCUCUGGAAAUAUGCGGGCAACAAACUACUAUGCGGCAGUUGCUGCACGACUCAUUUUCAUGCUUGGUGGUAAUCUUUUUCGCGGUGACGGGAUGUCGGCGAAUGAGCGCAGCCAGAAAAAGCAUUCACAACUACGGAAUCUAUUCUGGAUUUGCUACACCCUUGAUAAAGACCUUGCCCUGCGCACGGGUCAGCCGCCUACCAUCGCCGACGAAAAUUGUGAGCUAACACUUCCACCGGGCUAUCUCGAUCGAGCAUUUUUGGACGUGGAAAACGAGGAGGCCCCAUGGUACGGCCCAGUAUUUCCAUUUGACUUGCGCCUGAGUAUGAUCAAAUCCCGAGCGCAUCGAGAGCUAUAUUCAGUUAGCUGUCUCCAAAAAUCAGACGCCGAGCUGCUCAAGUCAAUCCGGGAACUCGAUGACGCGCUAGAAGAAUGGCGGUUAUCUGUCCCUCCUAGAUGGCGUCCAACCAUGUCUUUUUCUCCCGAGACCUCCGAUCCGCAUAUGGUGGAGGCCAGUCGAUCAAGUCUAUGUUACCUCGAAGCGGCAGAACAUGUAGUAGUUGACGGUGUUUUCUGGACUCUAAUCUUCUACCCUAUGUCUGCGCUCCUCACCAUCUUCUGCAGCAUUCUUCAGAACCCACUGGACCCACAUUCGCGCGAAGACUUGGGCCGAUUGAAAGUCGCCACUGUUAUGAUUGAGCGUAUCUUCUCACGGAAACUGCAUGCAAAUGAGGUUGUGCACUUCAAAUUGGUCGCCGAUUUCAUUAUAGAAUUAAAGCGAUUGGCCGAGUGUGCCAUUGACAAGGCCUGGGCGGAGCAGCGCGCCGCCUCUAAUUGA